CAUUGACAUCGCAUGCCACGGUUCCUAGCUCGAGCGAGCCUCGAGAAAUUACCUACACAAAGGCGAAUGGAUGGUCUAUCAUCCCGUCCGAGUCCAUCAAAGUCUUGAAUGACCAAGUACCUACCUGCUGCGUACAGUCCACCACGUAUAAAGUGUGCGGGUACACCAGAUCCAAGAUCUCUCAGCUCUAGUCUAGGUAGGCUUUGUGCACCCAUAACCCCAGGAGCUAGCAACCGGGUCUGGGUCACAUCUCGCAUGGUUAGUCAUCUUCCAAUAUUCAUGCUAAACGGUGCUUCAAAACCAGGAGCCAAUGGCCAGACCAAGAACACUUUAAGAGAAUGAAUCGUUCACAUGAAGAUGCUUCAGAGUCCUCGCAUUUGCAUGUGACCCUAGGUGACAUUGUGACAUCACAUUGGUUCAAACUACAGUACCCCUUCUCGAUCUUUUGCCGCCUUUUUUUUUCUUCCCCCUCUUCUUCUCCUAUCACCAACCGACCAGCAACUUCCUGACCCCAUACAUUAUACUUAUACAAUAAUCUCCCAUUGAUCGUUGGUGGCACAUCUGUCUUGUACUUAUACGCCUUCGCACAGUCCAGACUUGGACAGUCCCCAUUCAUUAUACUAUCCUAUUCUUGACCAGGGGCUGUUAUAGCACAUCUAUAGCUAUCGAUCGCUUCAGCCCCCUAUUUUACCUGACCCUGCGCCAAUGAGGGUAUAGUUGCCGAAAGCCGCCAAAAUGCCAGUUCCGUUUCUCGGGCGACUCGAUGUCACCGAGUAUGUUGCGCUUAUCGGGUCCUUCUUUCUCGUGGGAUUCGAGGCCCUCAUUCGUGUUCUGACGCUUGCCCUGCCUAACACCCUAAUAACCCUUUUCUACCGGUUAUCGAGACGACUGUUCAACAGAUGGACAACACCAGCACAGAAGCGGGCCGAGGAGAGGAGGCAGCCCGUCUCUGAAGCCGUCCGAAACGCCUCCGAUUUUGUCGAUCUCUGCGCCCUAUUCGGAUACACCGCAGAAGAGCAUGUUGUGCAGACUAAGGAUGGAUAUCUGCUCGGUCUGCACCGGUUGGCUUACAAGAAGGGCGAGGAGGAUACAAAGGUCAACCGAGGACCGAAUAGCAUCAAGAAGCGCGUUGUCUACCUACAUCACGGCCUGCUGAUGAACAGCGAGGUUUGGGUCUGUCUAACGGACGAGCAAAGAUGCUUGCCCUUUGUGCUUGUUGAGCGCGGCUUUGAUGUCUGGUUCGGAAACAACCGCGGCAACAAGUACUCCAAAAAGUCCGUCCACUGUUCGCCCAUGUCGCAAAGAUUCUGGAACUUCUCGAUCGACGAGUUCGCCUUCCACGAUAUCCCUGACAGCAUUAGCUACAUUUUGGAGACCACGGGCCAACCGUCCUUGUCCUACAUUGGUUUCUCUCAGGGCACAGCCCAAGCUUUUGCUAGUCUGUCCAUCCACCCGAAGCUCAACGACCAGGUCAACGUCUUUAUCGCUCUUGCUCCAGCCAUGUCCCCGGCCGGCCUAUCCAACGGCAUUGUGGACGCCCUCGUCAAGGCAUCACCGCAGGUGUUAUUCUUGCUUUUCGGAAGACGCUCUAUUCUGAGUUCGGCAACCAUGUGGCAAUCGAUUCUCUACCCACCCAUCUUUGCGAAGCUCAUCGACAUGGGACUCAGCUUUCUCUUCAACUGGAAGACCCAGAACAUCAGCACCUCGCAGAAGCUUGCCGCAUACCCGCAUCUUUACUCAUUCACAAGUACCAAGUCGGUCGUCCACUGGUUCCAGAUUAUCCGCACCAAGUCCUUUCAGAUGUUCGAUGACGAUGUGCAGCCCCCGCUCAUGCUAUCCACCAGCAGCAAGUACACGAAAGUCGCCAAGUAUCCCACCCGCAACAUCAAGACUCCUAUUGUUCUCGUCUACGGCGGCAUCGAUUCGCUCGUAGACAUCAAAGUCAUGCUUCGCGAACUGCCAACCCAGACGGUGGCCACCGAGAUCCCCCAUUACGAACACCUCGAUUUUCUCUGGGCCCGUGACGUUGACGCCCAAGUCUUCCAGCACGUCUUUGAUGCACUCGAAAGUUUCACCGGAGCCGAACACACCAAGGAAGAAUACGAACGCUACCGCAGCGCCCGACAUGUCAGCCUGAGCGCCAGUAACUCCUUGAGACGCUUCAAGCCCAACAAGAAUGGUGAUAACAUGGCUGUCGACAGUGACGUCAGCACUGCCGUGGCUGGGAGUGUCCAUGAUGGCGAGGAGCAAUUUAUUGAUGCCGACGAGCGCCAGGAACGGUUGGGUCAGAUCGAAGCACCGCAUCAAGCGCGCGAAAGCCCCCUUACGACUUCUGUUGGCAGCCUCAGCAGCACUUCUGGUUCCAAGCUCGGAGGCAAUAUUCUUAGGAGACCGAACUCGAGGCCGACGAGCCCCAUGUAUCCCGGGUCCUUGGAUACGCGCUUUGAAAACGGCUCGAGAGCCGAGUCGCCGUCGGACAGAAGUCCCGACUCCGAAUAUGUAGGUGCAUUACCUUCAGUUACGCCGCCCAAGAGGACUGGAACGGGCGCGAGCCAGAUGAGUCUGAACUCGCUCAGGGCUGGGAAGGGGAUCAGUCUUGGUGCUAGUGAGUCUCCUUGAUUCUGCGUGCAAGCGUGCGAGCGUGUUUGUAUGUUUUUUAUGCUUCUGAUGGUUCUUCUUCUCCCUUUUUUUUAUUAUAUAUGGGGUGUAUGUUGAUGCAGUUCGAGUUGCAUUAUACAAGAGCUGGAUACUAAUCGCGGAACUUCCUUACGACAUUUAGGCAGGGCAGUAGGUGGUGUUACUACGAGUGGUGCUGAGGUUCCACUUGCUGCUUUGACGGGAGGGAGCUCGGAUGAAGCUGGGACGUUAAGGAACUGGAGGAAGAGUCCGAUCAAGAGGUAGUACCUUGGGAGCCGGGGCUACAGCCGGAGCGACAGUGGAUCGUGGAAUUUGCUUGGUGCAGGUGACCAUGGCUGCCGGGUGGCAUACACAGUAGUGGUAAUCACAAUGUUGAACAUGAUGAAUGAGGGCAAAUAGCAGCGACGUAGAAUUGUACAGUAUCUCUAAUCAUGCAUUUCAACUGCCUGAUCACCAU